ACUGCAGAUUGCAGAAUGAGAAGUUCCUAUGGCCGAACACACAACUUGUCGUGUCGCUUCAAAAGCAUCAGGAAAAACUAAUUGAUAGCGAACAGACGACACGGCAUGGUGGACGUGACGUCAGCGCCGGCAUCCGCCGAGACAGGUAGCUUCAUGGGUCGCACCAGAGGCGCUUUGCGCUCGAUGCGCUCGGUCCUCGGAGGCGGCGGCGAGUACUUGCAGGGCCUGGGGAAUAGGAUCGGCACAGCUCUCAGUAGCAGCCUCGAGGAAAGCGACCCGACCACCUCACCCUCCACCCAGACAUCCCAGACUCAACCGGGAGCCAGGGCUGCGCUGCAUAAGCAGCAACAGAAGCAACAGCAGCUCGAGAAAGACGCCACAGCGACGGCCGCCGCUACCGAGCUCGACGCCAGGAGGAAACUCAGAUUCCCGAGAUUCGGCAACGGCUCGACCUACGAAGACUACGACGCGAUGAUCAGGCGCAAGUUCGAGCAGCAGGAGAUGGCCCGCUGCUCGCGAAUAAGCAGGAAAUACCCGGGCAUGUCGUACGAGGAAAUAGCGUCUUCCAGGUCGGCCUCGGUCAAACGCUCGGAACCUAAAAAGAUCGAGGAGGUAAUGAGUCCUGCGGACAAGGAGAGCGUCGAUAGCGCAGAGCCGCUGCAGGAGAAGGACGUCAAGGCCUCGGGGGCCGAUCCCUUCAACAAACUCGACAGCAAAGUCGCGAGGGCACCGAACCGUUAUCAGACCGUGGUUUUUCGUUUAGAUAUGCCGUCAAGUAGUGGUUCGACGAGCGAUGCGGACUACGGACCGAGCGCCAGCUUGGACUCGACGAGCGCAGGCGAUGGACGCAGGGACUGGCAGAGAUCUGGCUCAUCGGGAUCGAUCCAGUCCUGGGCUUCGAGUUUGUCGGCUGAUAGUCAAUCGGAAGAAGCUGCCGUAGAAUUUAUGAAAAUGUUUGUGCCUAAGCUGUUCGAAUCUCCCAGCACCAUUGAGCAGGAGCAGAAAGCCACCUUCGGCCAGAUGGUGCUUACGGAGUCUGGCCGAGUGUGGUUCGCAAGGGUUGUGAAUGCAAGGAGAGCGCGUCCCUGCGUAACAGAAGAGUCAUUCUACUCGUUGGCUCAGCACUUCGCGGUGGCUCUUUUCGAAUGCCACGAAGCAGACGACUUUGCGCCUGCGAAAAGUCUUAUGAAUAUGUGCUUUACGUUUUACCAUGAAAUCGAAGUACCUGGAGUAGAACCAUAUCGUGAAUAUUUAUACACGAACCUGAGGGUUCAACCAAUAUGGACGUCAAUGCGUUUUUGGACCGCAGCCUUUUUCGAUGCGCUACAAUGCGAAAGAGCUGCCAAGCCUGUGCCUCCAAGACCUAAAUCGACAGAUCAAGAAGUCGCUGCCGCUGAAGACAGGAAGUUUCACGCCAACAUAGCGUUUGGCCAAUUGGGGACUUUUACGUGUAACAUGCACGCUUUUGGGCUACCCAGAAAUCUCUGUCUCGAUUUUUUACGAAAACAGUGCGUUAUCGCUAACUUAACACAAGAUCAAGAAAAAAUGCUGAAAGACAAUAUAGAGAGGAUGUUCGAUGAGACUGAACCUUGGCGAUAGCGAGAAGUAGUGGAGCACAUUUUUACAUGUAAUAAGAGUAACAUCUCGAUGUUAAAACAAGAGGAUAAAUUCAAUUGAACCUGAUAGUCGCAAAGAAUAACGAAUUACAUCUCGAGCAGCUUACGCAUCCUUUCAACAACUUCCUAAACAUAAAAAGAAUCAUGAGCUUAAGCUUAAUCAAUUGCGAUGGUCAAUCGGGCUUAAAAGUGAUAUCACUAGUCAGCGUAAUCGAAGUGAAAUCGACGAUAACCAGAAUCAAUUAUAUGUACGUAUGUAUGUAUAUAUAUAUAUAUAUCAUAUGUUAAUUUUUCAUGAGAGGACCAGAUAACGUGUGGGAAUUUCCGAGGAAAUUCAUUUGUAUUAAGUAUUCCGCCGCGACGAUCUCAAAAGAAGGGAUCUCGCAUCUCGCUCUGUAAAUUGCGUGAAAGUGUUUACUUCUAAGGAACGAACGGAACGAAACGAGUGUGCUACAUAUAUUUUUCAAACGAAUACACAAUACAGCACGGUGUAAGAUAUGCCAGAAGUAUUAAUUGAUAUUUCAAACUGAAAAUUUUCUUCCAUAUACAUUUAAAUUUCUAUACACAUGGAAAAACAGAUUAGUGUGAUAUCUUUAUUUGAGCUUUCCAUCAAAUAGUCGAUAUUAAUAGCAUUUUGAAGGUCUACUACAGCAUUUAUAGGAUAUGAUAACAGAUUAUAAAUUUCACGUCAGAUCUACGGUACAUACUUAAAGAAAUCCAAUUUAAUGUAUUGAAGUUGCCAAUGUGAGAAUUUUUUUAUACAAAAAAUAUUAUCUUUGUAUUUCACAAGAAAGAUUUUGUAGAGUAAAGAUUGUUAAACAUUAAACGAUUUUUAUUUUGAUCACAAAUCGACCGAUGCCUCCAUUUCUUAAAUCUCGUCAAAUCUGCAGUAGGUAUAACGAUAUAGGAAAAAGGGAAAUAUGAAUAGUGUUCUGGCAAAUAAAGUACGAGAGACGAAUAAAUUUUACAUACUGUUUAUUAAUCAUAAUUUACUCGGAAAAGUCGGGCCUCAACCAGUGGGCCUCAUCUUUUGUUUUAUUAAACAUAUUUGAUCGGUGAACAUCACAAUGUUAAUUUUUGUCAAGUCCACGUACAGAUUUCAUGUUUUCAUUUUUAUUUUGCGCUCUGAGAAAUGUGACGCAAAAAGACUGAUAAAAGUAUUCAAAUCCCGUUGCCUACUAUGUAUCAAAGAAAUCGCUACGAACGCAAGGUUUAUAAUUCACAGAAAUCACCGUCAGCUGAAAAGGAAGAAAAUCACCAUUCAUCGCUCGCUAUACCUAUCUCUCGUCGGGCUAUGCGUCUUCGUACGAGCCUACAGACGUGUUAGCCCGCUUUUUACGUCCUUGGUUUAUUUGUUCCGUUACCUCGCGUAACGCUGUACUCAAUAAAAAAAUGGCGCGUCAGUUUAACGAAAAAGAAAUACGAUAACAAAUUAUAAAAAAAGUCCUGACAAAGCGUCACACACGCGUUGACUAGCGCAAAAAUAUGAAGAAGUUAGAAUCGACGAAAGGCGGUAACGGAGACCCUUGUUUUAACUUUUUGUUAAUACGUAUCAAAAAAUGGCUGCCGAAAUACGUCGCGCUGCUGGCUCGAAUCCUUCUAUAGUUUUUUUUGUCGUUAUGUCUGAAAUUAUAUAUGUUAAAAGUGAAAAAAUAUUUAAAAAAUACGCCAAACAAUAGAAACUCCGAAAAUGUUUUUUUCCUCUCUCGCACUCUCUCUCUCUCUCUCUCUCUCUCUCUCACUCUCGCUCUGUCACUCUCAUCUCUUAUUUCAAACACCGCUUUCUCGUUUUGCCACCGCGCUCAAACUUUAACGUCGUCUCAAUCGUACCUUCGAAUCGAAGCAGAUUUUCGAUUACUUUUUUUUUCAUUUUUUGUUGAUAAAAAUGA